AUGUCUACAGUGGAGGAUGUGUUCUGCCUCCUUGACAGGGAACAGGGUGGUGCCGAAAAGCUUCUGGAGGGCGGCAUAACUCUUCGCAGCCUUUUCAAUAUGGAAACGAUUCUCUGCUUUUUGCUUUCCGUAGAUGCCAUCGAUAAAGAGACAUCACUGGAGAUCAUUAAGGCGCUGAACCUCCCUUACAAGGAAGUGAAACAUCUGGAAAUUUCCCCACAAAUGGAGAACCUAGCUUCUUUCCCCAUGUUCAAUUUGGGUCGACUUCCAUUAGAAGAGCGUGCGAAGGAGGCAGUAUCCUCCCUGAAUAAGAAAGUUUUUGAGCUGAUGAUCAAGAAGAACUCGAAUCUUUGUCUAGCCGUUGACUAUACUGAAGCAGAGAAAAUUCUUCAACUUGUUGAAAAAGCUGGCCCCUUUGUCAUAGCUGUAAAAAUUCAUGCUGAUGCAAUUGUGGACUUUUCGAGUGAGUUCACGGCACGGCUGGUCCGACUGGCAAACGACCACGACUUCAUCAUCUUCGAGGACAGGAAAUUCGGUGAUACUGGAAACACUAACCUCCUACAACUGAAGGGAGCACUUCAUGUAGCCGAAUGGGCUGAUGUUGUAACUGUUCAUGCUGUCCAAGGUUGCGAUUCAAUCGGAUCAGUCUUUCGUCAGGUUACGUCAGAGGUGUAA